UAGUAAGAGCGACUGUAAAGGCGGUUAGCAGGCGAAAGAUUUUAUCAACAAGAGCUGCUUUGACGCUGGUGGAUGUAGACAAGAAACACGGACAAGAGGAGCUUCCUGAGAUUACAGGAUUAUUCCUGUACUGAGUUUAUAGGAGAGAAAGUGUUGAAGCUGUUUGAACAGUCUAACUGGUGUGUAUUCUCUCGGCGGAAAGUAGUUCCGGCUGUACCAGGAGCCGCAGGUUAAUAUCACUGCGCUGGUUCUAAUACAUUAUUGUUUCAGCUCAUACACAGAGACCUGUACAGCAGACUCUCCGUAUAAUCUAAGAAUGAUGAGAAACUGAUGAGAAAGGUGUUGUUUGAAUUUUUUAAUUAUUAUUUAUUUUUUAGGAGACGUUUAAUGAACAUGUAUGGAAGGAGCGUCAGGUGUCAGUGCUUUGUAACAGUCGUGGCGCUUUGCGAAGUCGAUCACCUCAAGAAAGUCUUCAGGACAGACGAGAUCUCUACACCUUCGGCUGUAAAUAAGAUCAGGCUGCUGUUAGAGAAUAAGCCCGAAUAUAUUGGGCUCAAAGUUGGUGUACGGACCAGAGGAUGCAACGGGCUCACUUACACACUCGACUAUACCAAGGAGAAGGACAAAUCAGAUGAAGAGGUGUUACAGGAUGGUGUGAGAAUUUUCAUUGAGAAGAAGGCUCAGCUGUCCUUGCUGGGCACAGAAAUGGAUUUUGUCGAGACAAAACUCUCCAGCGAGUUUGUGUUUAACAACCCCAACAUCAAAGGAACGUGCGGUUGUGGGGAGAGCUUCAACAUUUAAACAGCUUCCAGUCGUGUAUACUUCACGAUACACAUCGCACUUCCAUUCCCCAAUCAGAGACUAAGAACCACCGUGUGGAGUUAAAGACUCAAGCGUGAGACACGGAUGCAUUGAUGUUCAGCUCCCUGUGCCGCAACCGCCUGAAAAUAUCUUCACCACCAAUGUUUAGUGAAUAGCGUUCAGCUCAUUUAGUGUUUUUCUGUUCAUUAGAAUAUAAUGUAAAAGAUACCUGUUGUACAAUAUGGGUCAGUAUUUAUUUGACAGAAAAUAAGGAAUGAUGGUGUGCAUUCGUUAAUCAGUUUUAGAAAUUUUUCUUGAUAUGUGAUGCGGAUUUGCCUGCCAAUGUUCUCUCAUGUCCUCAUUAUAAAAGAGAGCAUAGUGUGUUUGUGUGUGUGUGUGUGUGUGUGUGUGUGUGUGUGUGUGUUCGCGAGAAAGACUCAUCCACUUAAGUUAUGCAAUGUUUUUGCAUUUGUAUGUUUUAUAAUCCAGUCAAUGUAUUUCACUGAACAUUGAUGCUAUGAAAUAGAGCUUGCCAAACGUCAAGCUUUGUGCUCCUUAAAACUGCUUAGAGAUGCAGCAUAGCAUCUGAAACAUCCCUGCAUCGAGAGAGUAUAAUGUAUAUUUAUUAUAAGCAGAUGUGUGAGAAAUCAGUAGAGGGAUAUUUAUUAUAUAGUGUAAGACUCAGGUGUUGAGUAUUGACAACUUUGCAUUUUAAAAAAGUGUCCUUGAUGCUGAUCAGUCUGUAAAAUCUAUGAGAGAGCAAGAGAAAGUAAAAAACCUGUCUUUUAACGCACAAUAAAGCUCAUGUAAAUAAAAA